UUGUAAUUUUGUAUUUGAUUUUAGUAAAAAUUGUCAUAUUGUUUAACCAAAUAUUGUCAAAGAUUAAGUAUCUAAUUAUGUAUUUCAAUGAUUUGCCUAGUGAUAAUAUGAUAAUUGCCAAACGACAAUUUUCACAAAAAACAACAUUUAAAGAUCAAUUUGAGGUGGUAUGGAAAUUGACAGCUCCAUAUAUUGACAUAAAUCGUGAUAAAAUUAAUAAUAAAACAGUUGGUCAAUCAAUGUUCUGGAGAAAAAUUGGUAACAAAGAAUAUACUAGUGCAAAAAAUAAAAAAUAUUUACGUAAAUCAAUUGAAGCAUACACAAAGAGUAUUGCAUUUGCACCAGUUGGAUCCAGUGAAUUGUCAUUGGCUUAUGCAAAUCGUUCAGCUGUAUUAUUCAAAGCAAGACUCUAUGAAGAUUGUCUUCUUGACAUUGAACGUGCAUUAAAGGCAGGCUAUCCAGAUAAAUUAAAAACAAAAUUAUUUUUACGUCAAUCAUUGUGUUUCAAAGCAUUGAAACCAAGCUCACAUAUUGAGACAGGUAUUUCAAUGGCCAGUGCAAUGCAAUGGCUUCCUGAUUUAAAAAAAUAUAAUCCAAAAUACAACAUCAUCAAAGAGUAUCCAAAGAUGAUCAAUGAACUUAAAGAACCACGUGAAAUUAUUAGAUAUUCACCAGAAAUAAAAAAUGACAAUGCAAUAAUAAUUGGUGCAUCUGAUGCAAUUGAAUUGAAAAAAACUGAAGGGAAUAAUCAACACAUUGUUGCAACAAGAGAUAUCAAAUGUGGUGAAUUUAUUUACAUUUCUGAGCCAUUUGCAGCAAUUCUUGCUAUUGAAUUACGUUUUACAAAUUGUUGGCAUUGUUGUCGUCAAACUUUGGCUGGUGUACCAUGUGAUAAUUGUCCAAACAUCAUAUAUUGCUCAGAGAGAUGUAAAAAAAAAGCAUGGAAUAGUUAUCAUAAUAUUGAAUGUUUAGUAUUAGGAUCACUUUCAAAAUCUAACGGUAUAGAGUCAGGAAAAUUAAUGGCAGUAAAAGUGAUUCUAAAGGCAAUAAACUCGGCAGGUGAUUUCAAAGAAUUAAAAAAAAUAAUUGACAAUAAUGACUCGGAUACAAAUAAAGAAUUUAUCAUUACCAAUGGUAUUCUUGAUGUUAAUAGUAUUGAUAAUUUCCAUCGUAUUGAUUAUCUUUUAAAUACAUCAAAUGAUCAUAAAUUCGAAUUAAUAUUAUUUGCUGUAUGGAUUAAACAUUGA